AUGGCGCGGCCCCGCCCCCUUUUUCCCGCCCUGCUCCGCGCCGGGCCACGUGGGGGCGCUGCUGGCCACGCCCCCUCGGCGUUAGGGCCACACCCCCUCACCGCCCCUGCGCGCCAAGCCCCUCAUGGCGGCCCCCGCGCUGGCCCGUGUCCUGACCGCCGCCCCCCGCGCCCUGGGGUCACCCGUGGGGGGCCGGGCCCGGUGCAGUGGGGUCCCCCCCGGGCCCCCCCUUCCCCCCGCGGCCCCGCCGUGGGACCCCCCCGAGCGCGCCCGGCUCCGCGCCCGGGAGCACAAGGAGAAACGGCAGCGGCAACGGCGGGAGAGAGCGGCCCUGGGGGGGGCAGGGCCCCAGGUGCCGACAGCCCCCCCCCAAGGGCUGGACCCCAAAAACCGUCGUGGAAUAUCAGCACCCCCUGGACCCUGACGGCAAGAAGGCCACGGGGGUGGCGUUGCCCCCCGCCUACAGCCCCCGCUACGUGGAGGCCGCCUGGUACAGCUGGUGGGAGCGGCAGGGCCUCUUCACCCCCCCCGCCUCGGUACCGGGGGGGGGGCCAAGUCCUCAGCUUGGUGCUGCCCCCCCCAAAUGUCACCGGCUCCCUGCACCUGGGCCACGCGCUCACCGUCGCCCUCCAGGACGCUCUCGUGCGCUGGCGGCGGAUGCAGGGCUGGAGUGUGCUUUGGGUACCGGGCACCGACCACGCCGGCAUCGCCACCCAGGCCGUGGUGGAGCGUUGGCUGUGGCAGCAGCGGGGUUUACGCCGUCAGGAUUUGACCCGCUCUGAGUUCCUGGAGGAGGUUUGGGCCUGGAAACAACGGCAUGGUGACGAGAUCCUGCGGCAACUGCGGGCGCUGGGUGCGUCGCUGGACUGGAGCCGCUGCGCCUUCACCAUGGACCCGGGUUUCUCGCGGGCGGUGGCGGAAGCUUUCGUGCGGCUGCACGAGGCCGGGUUGAUUCACCGCGACCGGCGUCUCGUCACUUGGUCCUGCGCCCUGCGCUCCGCCCUGGCCGACGUGGAGGUGGAGCCCCGCGCCCUGACGGGUCCCACGGCGCUGCGCGUCCCCGGCUGUCCCCGACCCGUCACCUUCGGCGUCCUCGUCACCUUCGCUUACCCCGUGGAGGGUGGGGACGGGCUGGAGUUGCCGGUGGCCACGACGCGCCCCGAGACGAUGCUGGGGGACGUGGCCGUGGCCGUGCACCCCGAUGACCCCCGUUAUAUGCACCUCCAUGGCCGCCACCUCCGGCACCCCUUCACGGGGCAGCUCCUGCCCGUCGUCACCGACCCCACCGUGGAGCCCGCCCGUGGCACCGGGGCGGUGAAGGUGACACCGGGGCACAGCUCCCCUGACCUGGCGCUGGCCCGGGCCCACGGGCUGCCCCUGCUCUCCGUCAUCGGGGACGAUGGCACCAUGUGUCCCCCAGGUGGGGGGUGGCUCCAGGGCAUCCAUCGCUUCGUGGCACGGGAGAAGGUGGUGGCCGCGUUGGCUGAGCGAGGGCUGUACCGCGGCACCCAGGACCACGCCAUGACACUGCCCAUGUGCAGCCGCUCGGGGGACGUCAUCGAGUACCUGCUGAAGAGCCAGUGGUUCCUGCGGUGCCGAGAGAUGGCGGAGCGUGCCCGAGAGGCGGUGACAUCGGGGCGUCUCCAACUCGUCCCCAAAUUUCACGAGAAGAACUGGAAGACGUGGAUGGACAACAUUGGGGACUGGUGCCUCUCACGCCAGCUGUGGUGGGGACACCGGGUGCCGGCGUACCGGGUGGGGGUUCCCUCAGCGGGGUCCCCCCCCGAGCACCCCGAAGGGCUCUGGGUAGUGGGGCGCAGCGAGGCCGAGGCGCGUGCUGCUGCCGCCCGCACCCUCCGCUGCCCCCCCGACGAGCUCCAGCUCCAGCAAGACCCCGAUGUCCUGGACACGUGGUUUUCUUCUGCGCUCUUUCCCUUCGCCGCGCUGGGCUGGCCCGAAGAGACCCCCGACCUGCAGCGUUUCUACCCAACAAACGUGCUGGAGACGGGAAGCGAUCUCCUCUUCUUCUGGGUGGCACGUAUGGUCAUGCUGGGCCAGCAGCUCACCGGGCGCCUGCCCUUCUCCCAGGUCCUUCUGCACUCGCUGGUGCGUGAUACCCACGGGCGCAAGAUGAGCAAAUCCCUGGGCAACGUCAUUGACCCCUGCGACAUCAUUGCCGGUGCCUCCCUCCAGGAGCUGCAGGAGAGGCUCCACCACAGGCUCCUGGACCCCCACGAGCUCACGGUGGCCACAGAGGGCCAGAGGCGCCAGUUCCCCCACGGCAUCCCCGAAUGCGGCACUGACGCCCUCCGCAUGGCCCUGUGCUCCCACAACGUCCACGGUGACGAUAUCCGCCUGGACGUGGGCACGGCCCUGAGCUACCGUCACUUCUGCAACAAGAUCUGGAACGCCGUCAAGUUCGUCCUCGCCGCCUUGGGGCCCGACUUUGUCCCCCAACCCCCCGAGGAGACGGUGCCGCAGCACCCCAUGGACCGGUGGGUGCUGAGCCGGCUGGUGCAGGCGGUGGGCGAGUGCGGGCGGCGGAUGGAGGCCCUGGAGGUCCACGGUGCCAUCGCCGCCGUCCAUCACUUCUGGCUGCGUAGCUUCUGCGACGUCUACCUGGAGACGGCCAAACCGACUCUACGGGAUCCGGCAACCGCCGCCGAGACGCGCCGGACCCUGCUGAGCUGUGCCGAGCUGGGGCUGCGCCUCCUCGCCCCUUUCGCCCCUUUCCUCGGCGAGGAGCUCUGGCAGCGCCUGCCCCGCGCUCCCCCCGCGCCCCCCACCCUCUGCCUCGCCCCCUUCCCCGACGCCGCCCGCCUGGCUCACUGGCGCUGCCCCAAGGUGGAGGCCGAGGUGGCGGCCAUGCAGGAGGUGGUGAGGACGGCGCGAGCCCUGCGGGACAUUUUCCGCCUGGGUGCUGCCCGGCCCCCCGUGGCGGUGCGGUGCGCAGCGGAGGCGCAGGAUUCGUUGGCAGCGCUGGGCCCCGCCCUCCAGGCCCUGGCGCAGGCGGGGCCUCUGCAGCUCCUCCCCCAGGGGGCGGAGCCAGAGCUGGGCCCCGGCUGGGUGGGGGCCCCCGCGGGCCCCGACACCCACGUCUACCUCUGCCUGCGGGGGCUGGUGGAGCCGGCGGCCGCCCAGGCCCAGCUCCGUGCCCGCAGCCGCGGCCUCCAGCGUCGCCUCGAGACCCUCGGGGGGACCCGGGGGGCCGGGGAGAGCCCCCCCCACCCCGCCACCCAACAGCAGGUCGCCAUUCUCCGCUCCGAGCUUGCCCGCCUGGCCCAAGCACUGGAGGCCCUGGACCCCCCCGGCCCCCCCGAGGACCCAGGUGUCCGGAGGGGGGACCCCGGGUCCCAAUAAACCCCCAGAAAACCCUAA